UUAAUUUUUGUUCUUGAUUUAAUGUUCAGUCAUAAAAUGCCUCCUGUGGAGCAUUCUGGUAUUCCAAGUCAUGAGGCUGUGAGGACGACAUUGUCCGAGCUGAAGGUGGUCGGGAAAGCAAUGGAGCUUCCAGUAGUACAAGAUACCGUCCACGGACUAGAGAUGGUUAAGAACUCUCUCAGGGAUAACGCGCAUAUAAAGAAUGCUGCUAAUAUGGUAGAGGAGGGAAUUAAGGCUAUCUCGGUCAACUCUAAGGUUCAGGACGGAGUGCAGAGGGUUCAGGACGGAGUCAAGUUUAUCCAAGAUAACAAAACCGUACAUGGGACAGUUUCCAGCGUGACUGAAAAAAUGAAACCACAUGUUGACUCUCUAAUGAGACAAGUACCUGGAGCUGUGGAUAAACUGGACAACUAUGCCUGUGGAAGGAUAGAUAACCUGACCUCUGCUAUUCCAGCCCUAGCUGACCCCACCCCACAGCUGGUGGAGUCUACUAAAGAAGCUGUUAUUGGAUACAUUGCUAUCAUGAACGAAUACUUAGCAUCAUUCACAGCUGCUCAGAUAUCUCUCUCUAUCGUGGAUAAAUCCCUCUCUGUGGUGGAGAUAUCAGUCAAUUUUUUCAAACCAGAUGAACAGGACUCGGGGGUUUUAUGCAGGACUUCCAGCAAAAUUAGGUCUGUUAGACGUUCUCUCCGUGCAUUGAGACGUGCAGGUUCAAGGAGAAACUCAAUCCGACGUACUCCGCUCUCCAGGGUUGGAUUGCUUGGGAAGGUUGCAAACUUGCUCUCUGUCAACACUGUGCUGAGGAUAGCUGGUUUGGAGCUGGUUCCUGUUAAAAAAUGUAAGCAAUCCAUUCCAGAAGUGGUGGACAAGGAUGAAUCUGUGCCAGGUUUAAAAGAUCUCCAGGCAGAUCUUGAUGGAUACAGGAGUGAUGAAGAUCCCGACUACAACCAUCCAGAACACAGUGAGGACAGUGAGGACAGCCUCGACUCAGACGCCCAUACGGAGGACGAUGAGGCUGAAGAGGACGAUGAGGCUGAAGAGGACCAAGUUGACGCGAAGAGCCCGAAAGUAUCGUCUGAAAUGUUCAACUCUGGACGAAAAGACUCUUCUCUUCUGGACAACUCCUAUAAUUCAGAAGAUUAUGAAUACAAGUUGUCCGAACAAUGAAACUUCUAUACCUGAUUUUAUUUUGAUGAAUCCGUUCUUAAACUCUGUAUUUCCUAUUUUACAGUUUAUUAUGAUUUAUUCAUUAUUUUAUCAUUGUGUAAUGUGUAUGCAAUAAUAUUUGACUGAUGUGUGAUGUGUAUGUAAUAAAUUUGACUUAUUUUUA